AGGAGCUUUGUUCCUUUAAGGGUGGUGUCAGGAGGAAGAGGAGGAGGAGGAGGAGGAGGCAGUCUGCGCUCACACCGAGAAUAAACACAGUCAGUCACAGACUGAACGCAGCCAGCUCAAGCACAGUCUCACUUUACUUUAGAUUAUUAAAUCUAAAAAACGAAGGCCUGAUUUGGACUUUUCCUCCGAGCUGCCUCCUUCAUUCUGCUUCCUGUCGGCCGCGCGGACUGGAUUUUCUGCUGCUGUCGAAUAAAACGCUGCGCCUCUCCGGACGACGCAGGUCCCCCUCCCCCGACGUCUACAGAGCUGCCGGGAGCCACUGACGGCAGGACCGACGGCCUGAACGUCCACAGCUGUAGAAAAUGUCAACAUGGCGGAGGUGAAAUCCCUCUGACUCCUGUUUGCUGCUCACACCAGACUGACUCCAGGCCCUCUGGGAUCAUCUGAAGGCCUACGACGAUGUCUUGGAGGCCUCCAGUCGUGGUAACUUUUUCACCAAACUGCUGAUUGUGGCUAGUGCCGGUCAGGAAUAAACCCAGCUCGUUUCUCCUCACAUCUCCGACCCGCUUCACCCGCUGCCACAGCCUGACCCCUUUGUGUUGAACGAGUGCACGCCACUGUCAGCCACAUGACUUUUACCUCCCAGUAGCAUUGCUGAGCUCUACAAGGGGACCUGAGUAUUGAACAUGACUCAUGGGGAGGAGCCUGGCCCUGAGACACACAAGGAUUCAGCUGUUCUAACUUACCUGGAAGGUUUACUGAUGCAUCCAGUGGUGGCCGGGCCUGGGGCCGCGGCAGGCGGGCGGUCCGAGGCAGUCCGCAGCAAUCACGAGCAGGGAAACAAGGUGGGCACUUCCUUCCCACUAGCAAACCACGGCCCAGCGGCACCCAAGGCUGGAAGCAAUGGGCCCACGUUGGGGUCCUCGCAGCACCUGAAGAAGGCUCGCCUGCUGCGCUCCGGAGCCUGGACUGAUCCAGGGAACCAGCGCAUGAGUUCCACCCCAGUGGAACUGAACGGUCAAGCAGGGGGUCUGCAGAACGGCGCUCUGGAGGGGUCCGCUCAGGCGGGCGAGAGCACUCUGUUGGCCUCUCUGCUUCAGUCGUUCAGCUCACGGCUUCAGAGUGUGGCCAUGUCCCAGCACUCUAACAACACCCCCGGCGAGUGUCCCUCGCCCUCCAAGGCUCCGGCAACCGACCGAGAGCCUCUUCCUGUUUACGGGAYGGCCUCGAGCCGCUUGAAAGGCCUCAUGAGGAAGAGCAAACUCCAGAAUCACAACAACACCCCUUACAGCCGGCGAGGACAGGGUCAGGACAGACCCCCCGAGUCCCCCCGCUCGGCACACAGCGCCACGCCUCCCGCUGCUUCCACCACGGCCGAAUCCGUGUCCUGCGCUGAGCGGCUGAAAGCCGUGGCCAACAUGGUGAAGAUACGCUCUAGCCCCGCCCCCUCGCCCAAACCCAGCGUGGCCUGCAGUCAGCUGGCUCUGCUGUUGUCCAGCGAAGCCCACCUGCAACAGUACUCCAGAGAGCACGCCCUCAAAGCCCAGCUGUCAGGAAGAUCUGCCAGUGAGAGACUAGCUGCCAUGGCCAACCAGCAGCACGGCCCGGACAAAAGACCACCGAGUGUGGGGGGGGCUCCAGACACUGUGAACUCCUCAGCAGCUCAAAAUGGAAUGACAACAACCGCAGUAACAACACUCCCUGGAACAGCUGCUUCCAGUCCUCACAGCCCCUCUCUGCUGCCAGGUCACACCCACAGCUCCCCCCCCACCCCCUCCCACGCUCCAAACCAGCCUCCCAGAGAGAAGCGAGGCUUCGACACCCGUCCCGCUCGCCCCCCGCAGACGUGCAGCAGCUUGUUGCUGCUCCUGCUCAACAACCACAACAACCAGAAGCAGUUGACCAAGAACGGCCACCUGGAGGACAUCAGUGACCUGCUGCCUCCCAGCGGCUCCUCCUCGGUCACGUCCGACAGCGAGUGCUCCACCCACGAGAGGAGYAUCGCCAAGGACAACAGUGAUGCUGAAAGUUCCUACUCCAUCUGUUCUCCCAUCGAUCUGUCCAUGAGAGGGCGUGGCAGCGUGCAGGACUUAAAGCCUCCGAAUGCACCUCCUUCCUGUCUGUCUUCCAGCUCCACCCUCUCCUCUUCUCUGACUGCGUUCUCCUCCUCGGCCCCAGAGUUCUGUCACCAAGCCACCACUCAGUCUCUUUCACCGUCCUCUUUGACUGUGUCCUCUGCGUCCACGUCCACRUCCACCUGCUCAACAUCAUCCUCAUCUUCCUUCUCCACCUCCUCCCUGGACAAGCUCACGCAGUCUUUAAUAAACAAGUGGAAACCAGAGCCAUCCAGACCCAGUGUCUCCACCAGCAGGGACCCUGAACUCAGUCCAGACCCUAAAGCCCAACCUAAGGUUACGCUCAUGCAGCUUCUUCUUGAGCGUAAAAAUAAUGAGAUGGCUAAUAAWAGCAGUGGUAAACAGGAAGUACCCCUCGAUGUGAGCAUGGCCACCAUGUCCCGGGGCCAGCAGAAGGGGCUGAUGCCUUGGGAGGAGAGCAGAACAAGAAGUCCUGUAGAAAGGUGUGUAGGCCCACCGCAGUCCCUGUAUCCUUUGAGCCGAGACCCCAGCAGUGCUCUGUCUCCGUAUUCCUACCCCUCCCCCCAUGUUCAGUCCAGCCCACUGGAUUUGUGUAAGUCUAAACCCUUCCCUGCUGAGACGGCGUCAGAGCCGGCCUUUAGUGCCAGUAAACUGUUACAGAACCUGGCUCAGUGUGGCCCCGCCUCCUCGUCCUCCACGCCCUCUGGCAAAGCUCCGGCUCAGGAACUGGAAGCUAACCGGCCUCUUGCUCUGUUGGAGAGGCUGAAUGCUCCGGUACACCGGACCACCACCACUCCACUGUCAGACGGGGCCUCCRGCAGCGGCACUCCUUUCAGCCGCAAGGAAGCCUCUCCUCCUUCCUCGCAGAUCGAGAACCUUCUAGAGAGGCGCACUGUGCUGCAGCUCCUUCUAGGGACUGGUUCUGCCGGGACGACGUCCAGCCGCAAAGAUCGGACCACCGAAAGUGACAGGCGGGGGACGGAGGUAUCUGUGGGCUGCUACGAGAAAAUCCCCUCCACCUCUGCCCUCUGUGACAGCUCUAACGGGCCCCUUCUGGAUGUAAAGAUCAAAUCRGAGGUCUUGGAAGAGGUGGGACCGUUUUCCUUCAAGUCUGAGGAUCUGAGCAGCAGAAAGAGGCUGAGUGCCUGCGAGAAGAGGAGCCCACCCUCGAACUCUCAGCAGGAGCUAAAAUCCGAGCCCCGGCCGGCAGAGGUCAUAGCUAAAUAUGGGCUCCUGAGCCAGCUGCUCAAACAACAGACCGCUACCUACUACAGCAGCAGCAGCGCUGCGCAGGCUGAGGCCCACCCUGCGCAGCCCAAGCCCCAGCCUGCACAGGCCGAGGCCCACCUUGCGCAGCCCAAGCCCCACCCUGCGCAGGCCGAGGCCCACCUUGCGCAGGUGAAAGAGGAGCAGAGGGAGUACCCCAGCCCUAAAAGGAGGCGUGUCUGCCCUGAACAAAUGGAUGCUGGCUCUCCUAACGCGGUGGACAACACACAAAUGUCUGCGUCCUCCACUGCUCAGGUGGACUGUGAUCARCAGAGGGGUCUGCAGGAGGAGGAGCCUCCACCCACUGAGCCCCUGAGCAGAGAGAGUCGUGGCUUCAACGUGCUGAAGCAGCUGCUGCUGUCUGACAACUGUCUGAAGGAGCUGUCCCAGCAGCAGCGGGGGGCGCCCAGCCCCACUGUGCUGCAGCGGGGGGUGCCCAGCCCCACCGUGCUGCAGGCCAACGGCAGCAUCCUCGGUCAGGCCUCUCACAAUCACGGCUUCCUCCAUCUGCCCAGCUGGCCCCACCAUGGCUCCUUCAACUCAGGGCUUCCAAGUCACCUAAGACCCCUGCCCACCCCUCCCCCAGGCGACAGCCCCGCCCGCACCCCCUGGCUCCGUCAGCCUGCCCCGUGGCCUGUGGCUCAAAGGCGCGAGCCCCCGACUCUGGUGAAGCAGGAGCCUCAGAGCCCCCUCCAGUGGAGCAGCCAGGAGAACACAGGCGAGGAGGAGGCCUGCGACUCGAACCCGGACUCCCCCCGCCUCUCGCGGUCCAACCCCAUCCUGUACUACAUGCUGCAGAAGGGCAGCGUCCACCUGAGGAAGGAGGCUCGGCCUCAGGAGGACGGGGGCCCGCCGGUGGUUCGCGUGAAGGAGGAGCAGACGAGCGAGCUGCAGGCGUACGAGCGCAGCCUGAACUGCAGCCCUCCAUCCCCUCAGCAUCAUGACAAGCACAGCCAUGACAAGCAGGGCCUGAGCCAGUCCUCCCACUGAGACCCCCCAUGAAGAAAAAUCACCUUUAGUUACUUUUGUUCUGAGAGGACUGUCAGAUUAGAUUGAUGGACAAAGUGAGAGUAUUUUUCAUUAAAAAACAACUAAAUGUAUUUUAGAAAUGAGGGCCUGAAGCGGUACAGAGUGUUGUGUUUGAAACUAAAAUAAGAGAAGCGUCACGUUGUAGUCCUGCCAUCUGGACUCAUCUAGUUCUGUUCUCUCAUUAGAACUGUCUUUGAGUUUCUUUCUGAAUUGAACACAUAUCACUUUUCCCCGUGUCCUCUUUGUUGCCUCAUAAAACAUUUAGAGAGAA